AUGAUCGCCGCCGCCGCAGGCGCGGCCACCGCCGCCUUCCCGUUCGUCUCCACCACCUUCCACCACCCGCGCCUCCGGCCCAGCUGCCCGCGCCGCGCCUCCGCCGUCCUCCUGGCCCGCGCCACCGGCCCCUCGUCGUCCUGGGAGGAGCGCGAGGAGGCGCGGUGGCUCCGCGAGGAGCAGCGCUGGCUGCGGGAGGAGCAGCGCUGGCUCCGCGAGGAGUCGCGCUGGCGCGCCGAGCACGAGGCCCUCCUCGCCGAGGCCGCCGCGCUGCGGCUCCGCCUCCGCACGCUCGAGGGCACUCGCCCUGCUGAUCACCUCGCGGUCGCCGCCGACGCCGUGGUGGCCUCGCCCGCGCCCCCGGCCGCGGUGCCCGCGCUGCAGCCCAGGCCGGUGCUCGUCGAGGAGGCCGCGGUCGAGGUGAGGAAGGAGGUGGUGGUGGUCGAAGAGAAGAAGGUGGCGGUGGCCAAGGCCGAGGCUGGGAGCGGCGCAGGUGCCAGCAAGAGCAGGAGGACGCUGAGGGCGGGGGCGAGGGCGAGGACGCCUCUCGUUCUGGCUAGGAUUCGUGUUGCACGCCGUGCGUGUAUCUGGGUGGGUGCGUCGGCUGAGGAAGCUUUGCUGAAGCUCGGUUUUUACUCGGGCGAGGAAGACAUGGAGUACUCUACUUUCUCAUCUGGCACCGACCGAGCUGUCAAGACAUGGCAGGCAACGGUAGGAACUUCAGAGAACGGGGUCAUGACGUCGGAGCUACUUGAGAGGCUAUUCUCAGGGAAGACUGGGGAAGAUGCGAAAAUGGAAGAUGGCACAAACGGAGCAGCUGUUCCUGCUGUAACAGGGAUCGCGGAGGUUCAGAAAACUGUGGUUACAGAAAAUGGUGUCUUGGGAGUUGGGGUCUCCGAACACAGAGUGUUUCUUCUUGGUGAAAACAGGUGGGAAGACCCAGCCAGACUGACGCAGAAUAAAAAACCAGUCAGCACCGGCACUACUGCAUCAACCAAGACAUGCAUCUCCUGUCGAGGUGAAGGGCGCCUCAUGUGCUUAGAAUGUGAUGGAACAGGUGAGCCGAACAUUGAACCGCAGUUCUUGGAGUGGGUUGGUGAAGAUACAAAGUGCCCAUACUGUGAAGGAGUUGGUUCCAUUUUAUGUGAUGUUUGUGAUGGGAAGAAAGUAAUGGCAAGUUAA